GGUUUAUCGAUUUUUUGGGGUUCCCAAAUUUGGGGAUUUCUAAACCUCCCACCUUCUAUGGGGUCUUCAGCGUGCAUUGGCCAAGAUGAAGAACUUUCACAGCGUCUUCACGGUUUUUCGUUAUCGGAUCGAGAAGCCCCUAUCAUUGACAUUGCUCAAGAGGACAUUAAACCAAGUGCAGAAAUUUGUGAGCGCAGUCUCUUUGGGAAAGUCAUAGGGGAUCGAAAGGCCAGCUGGGUUGGAAUCAAGCAUGCUAUGAGCAACAUUUGGCGAUUAUCUCUGCCUAUGGAGGUUAAGGAAUUAGGGCACAACUUUUUCCAGUUUCUGUUCCAAAGUAAAGACGACAAGGAAAGAGUAGCAAAAGGCACAAACUGGAAUUUCGACAAUCAGUACCUCAUAUUAACUGAAUGGUUCUAUGGCCUCUCAAUCAAUCACCCCAUAUUCCAGGAGGUGAGUUUCUGGGUUCAAGUUUACAACAUCCCUCUCAACUGGCUAAGCACAGCAGUGGGUCUGAAACUGGGGUCUGUCUUUAAGAAGCUCAAAAAUGUAGUUGUGGUGGGUGCUGGGAGUCAUGGAGGGCACAUUCUUCGUCUUCUAGUCUCCAUUGACAUCUCAGAACUAAUCCCACGAUGCGCAACCAUCAGGCUGGGGGAUCGGCUUAACACUGUUAGUUUUAAGUAUGAAAAACUCGUAAGUAUGUGCCAUUAUUGUGGUGUUAUAGGACAUCUGGAAAGGAAUUGUGAUAAAAGACAACAAGACAUCAUUUCGAAAUCUCUAAAAGAAGGACAAUAUGGAGACUGGUUGAGAGCUCCGGAAGGACAGAACUUUGCAACUUUGAAUUUAUCAUACUUUAGGAGCCCUUCAUCCACCAACCCUACCACUCCAGCCCAACAGUCUCCAUUGAAAUCGUCUAGAAACCAGGCCGAAGGGAGUAAUCAAAUUAUGCUGAUGCAAGGUGAAUCUUCUCAUCCUCGACAUCUGGAAGCUGAAGUCUCUACAUCCUUUCAAGGGAAUGAGAGAGCCACCAAACCGCCUACCACUGCUUUAAUCCAAGUUGAAGGUAACAACAGAGAGCUAGCUCUGCAAGAAUCAUCUCCUCACAAUCCUCUGAAUGCAGCUGAGGGUAAUUCAGUUUCUUCACUCCCCACCUCUAUUUCUCAUGCUCAUCAGCCAAGAUCAUUGAUGGCUAAAAAUCUUCAAAUA